AUGGCCACUUCCGCUCCUUCUACGCCUUCAAUUCCAGACGUGCGAACCUCCCUUGGGCCGAUACUCAUCUCCUCUGUCCUCUCCUGGAUCCUAUGGGGCAUGCUUACGAUGCAAGUCAUACGCUACUACUUGUCGUAUCAGCGAGACUCCUCGGUCAUGAAGAGCAUGGUUGGCCUCGUCAGACUUCCCUCCGAUGUUGCCGGGCUGACAAAUGGACCCGCAACUAGGUCGCCUCCGUUUGCGGCCGUGUGGUACCUCUCGACAAUGAUCGGGCGAGAUCCCACCAAGGGUGUUGGUCACGAUCGUCGUGCAGGGUUUUUGCUUCUGGAGGAUAUGGAAGCCUAUGUUCCGGUCGCACUAUACGUGCGUGCUUACGACUUUGCUACAAAUAGCUUCGGCAACGUAUCGGCCGCACAAAGGAGGUUCUUCCUCGACCUGGCCGGCUUCGGCUACCUCGCCGCCGUCUUCGUCGCCGACUUGACCAUGGCGGGCUUGUUGACGGCGCUGCUAUAUAGGCAACAUUUGAAGACACCGCUGAAGAACACCAGCGAGAUGCUGCGCCGACUCCUGUACUUCUCCAUCAAUACCGGGACAUGGACCGCCGUGUUUGCGCUCCUGGCGAUCAUCUUGUCCAUCCGCCCCGUCGGCGAUGCCUACUACUGGACCAUGUUCGACGUCGCCGUGUGCGGCAUCUACAGCAACACGCUCCUCGUGAACCUCAACGGGCGCGACUACAUCGUCGGCGAGGAGGCGAUUACGCUCUCCUUCCUCAAGCCCUCGGGGGACGAGUCGAGCUUGACGGCGGGCGACUCCAGUAACAUAAAGGGCGACUCGAGUCAUAAGGCAGGCGACUUAGGCACGAAGGCGAGCAUAUUGGGUCAGCGCUCUGACUCCCUGAAGGCGGGUGGGGAGGAGGGCGAAAGUAUCGCUCAACCUCGCUGGUGA